AUGUCGAGUGGCGUGCCAUACAUUGGGAGCAAGAUCAGCUUGAUCACCACCUCGGACAUAAGAUACGAGGGGAUCCUAUGUACACUCAACAAAGAGGAGUCCACUAUAGCAGUGCAGAACGUCAGAUCCUUCGGCACCGAAGGACGGACAGAUGGCGCUCGAGGGCAACAUGAAGUUCCGAUGUCAAAUGAAAUCUACGACUUCAUCAUCUUCCGAGGGAAAGACCUGAAGGACCUCACGGUACUCCAGGGAUUACCAUCGCACGACGUGCAAGCCAGGCCUCCGGCCACACCUGGCUAUGGGCAACCACCAAGCCGGACGGAGGGCUACAUGGGCAUGAGCAGUUGGAAUGGAGGUUUAGAAGAGGGUUUUGAAGAGCGUUUUGUGAGAGGCCACCAGACCUCCUACAACAAGCACAGCAUUGAGUAUGCUCGGUCGCCUGAGUUUGCAUGGCCUAUGCACAUGGCCAUUACCUUUGAGCUUGUGGUCCAUGGUAAGUAA